GUCAGAGAGCGCAUGCGCCCCUUAACAACCUGUAGUCCCUGUGAGGUCACCAUGGUGCUGCUCCGUCCCGGUUCUGUGUGAUCAGUAUGUUAAGGCUGAUCCUCCGGAGGCUCCGGCCGCUCAGCGGGCCGCCCGGCCUCCUCUCUGCCGGCACAGAGCGCUCCUUCAGCGGCUCCGCUCCGGAGCUGCCCGCCGCCCGGGUCCGGAGCCUGUUCCUGGACUUCUUCCGGGAGAAACACGGACACCGGCUGGUCCCCUCGUCCCCGGUCCGGCCCCGUGGAGACCCAAGCCUGCUGUUCGUGAACGCCGGUAUGAACCAGUUUAAGCCGAUCCUCCUGGGUGUGGCGGACCCUCGCAGUGAGAUGGCGUCUUACCGCAGAGUCGUCAACAGUCAGAAGUGCGUGCGAGCAGGCGGGAAACACAACGACCUGGAGGACGUGGGCCGAGACGUUUACCACCACACGUUCUUCGAGAUGCUCGGGAACUGGUCCUUCGGAGACUACUUCAAGGAGGAGGCGUGCAGCAUGGCGUGGAGCCUCCUCACAGAGCAUUAUGGGAUACCUGCAGACAGGCUCUAUGUGUCGUACUUUGGAGGGGACUCUGGAUCAGGACUUCCUGCUGACGAGGAGACUCGACAGAUCUGGUUGGAUCUGGGGGUUCCUCCGGCUCGCCUUAUCCCAUUCGGCCUGAAGGAGAACUUCUGGGAGAUGGGGGACUCGGGCCCCUGUGGACCCUGCACCGAGAUCCACUAUGACCACGUAGGGGGGCGUGACGCUUCAAGACUAGUAAAUGCCGACAGUCCUGACGUGGUGGAGAUCUGGAACCUGGUCUUCAUGCAGUACAACAGGGAGCUGGACCACAGUCUGAGGCUGCUGCCCCAGUUCAGUGUGGACACGGGGAUGGGACUAGAGCGACUAGUGAGCGUCCUGCAGGGGAAGAGAUCCAACUACGACACGGACCUGUUCACCCCGCUGAUGCAUGACAUCCACCAGAGGUCAAGGGCGGGGCCUUACGUCGGCAGGACGGGCGCGGUUGAUGAGCAGAAAGUGGACAUGGCGUACCGGGUGGUGGCGGAUCACAUUCGAACGUUAUCAAUCUGCAUCGCUGAUGGAGUUCAUCCAGGCAUGUCAGGAGCAGAGUUGGUUUUGAGGAGGAUCUUGCGGCGGGCGGUCCGGUUCUGUGUCGAGGUUCUUCAGGCUCCUCAGGGAACUUUGGCUGGUCUGGUUCCUACCGUCACACACAUGCUGGGUGACGUGUAUCCAGAGCUCCACAGGGAGGCAGACAGGAUCAUGGACGUCAUUAAUGAGAACGAGGCUCAGUUCCUGUCGUCUCUGCAGCAGGGCAGCAGGCUGAUCCUCCGAACACUCAACAGAAUGGACUACAAACAUGGAGUCUUCCCUGCCUCAGUGGCCUGGUCUCUGCACAGGGACUUGGGCUUUCCUCUGGACCUGGUGGACCUGAUGCUGGAGGAGAGAGGAGUGCAGGUGGAUCGUCAGGAGCUCGACCGUCUGAUCGAGGAGAGCCAAAAGGUGAAGUCUGAUCAGCAGGCAGGUGUUCAGUCUCAGGUGGUGUUGGACAUCCUAAGCCUGGCCGAGCUGCAGCGUUGCGGUGUUCCUCACACGGACGACAGCCUCAAAUAUCAGUACAGCCUGCAGAACAACAGAUACGUUUUCCCAGCAUGCCGUGCAACUGUCCUGGCUCUGUACGACGGACAGACUCUGGUGUCGGAGGUCGCUGAAGGUCAGCGCUGCGGAGUCGUCUUUCACCAAACCUGCUUCUACUCCGAGCAGGGGGGGCAGUCACAUGACCAGGGCUACUUCACACGGGACAGCCUGCAGGACGUUCUGUACCCUGUGGAGGCGGUGGUCCAGGCGGGGGGCUACGUGGUCCAUCAGGUGACCGCAGCUGACAGCCUGAAGACCGGAGACCAGGUGCAGCUUCACCUGGACCAGGUGCAAAGAGUCUCCUGUAUGGUCAAACAUACGGCGACACACAUCCUGAACUUCGCUCUCAGAGACGUGGUCGGUCCGUCCGUCCAGCAGAGAGGAUCUCACGUGUCAGCUGACCGCCUCCGCUUCGACUUCAGCGUCAAGGGUUCACUGAGCGUCGAGCAGCUGCAGCAGGUAGAGAGGUGUGUCAAUGACAUCAUCUCAGCCAAUCAGGUCGUCCACAUCCGGGAGCUUCCUCUACAGACCGCCAGGAGGAUCAACGGACUGAGGACAGUGGACGAGGUGUAUCCUGACCCUGUGCGGGUGGUGUCUGUGGGGUUACCUGUCUCUGAGCUGUUGGACGAUCAGACAGACAGGCAGACGUCUGUGGAGCUCUGCUGUGGGACACACCUGCUGCAGACCGGGGAGAUCGAGGACCUGCUGAUCGUCUCCGAGAGACAGAUGGUCAAAGGAAUCAGCCGGAUCAUCGCAGUGACGGGACGGGAAGCAGCGAGGGCCCGGGAGGCGGGGCAGGUUUUAUAUCAGGAUGUGGACUCUCUGUCAGCCAGGCUAUCGAACUCUGCCCCCUCUUGCAUUGACUCCGCCCACCGUCUUGCCAAGGAGGUUGGCGUCCUCUCUGAUGCUGUAGAUAACACCCCCAUCCCUCAGUGGCAGCGCAGAGAGCUGCAGAGUCGACUCAAAGCGCUGCAGAGGACAAGUAACACGAUUAUCAGGAAACUGGAGACCAGAGAGGCUGCAGGUAAAGCUCAGGCUUUGCUGGAGAAGAACGGCAGGAAGGAGCUGCUGGUGGACUCUGUGGAGACGGACUCUUUAUCGGUGUUGAUGAAGACGGUGAACCAGCUGAGCGCCGAGGGUCCUCAUAGUCGUGUGAUGCUGCUCGCUCACCAGAGACAUUCAGGGAAGGUUCUGUGUGCUUGUCAGGUUCCAAAGAAGUCUUCCUCCCUCCCGGCUUCUGAUUGGGCGGUGGCGGUGUGUAAUCACCUCGGGGGCAGCGCCGGGGGCUCUGCACUGGUUGCCAAGGGAACAGGAAGCAGCGAUGACAUCACUGAGGCUCUGAAGUGGGCGGAGGAAUACGCUCGCCAGAAAACACAGUGAUGAUGUCGUGAAGAAGAAAAUGACAAAACUGUGACAUCACAGCUGCCGCUUGCUGAAAGAAUGAGCUACCUGAGCCAUGAGGUGUGGGGGCGGGACAUGUGGCAUCACUUGAGUGUGAACCAAUGAGACACUGGUUUGGGAAGGUGUGGCCUAACAGAGAUGGGCGGGCCUCCACUUUGCUGCUGGCAGCCAAUCAGAAAAGCUUUAACAAAAGCUUUUUGUAAUACAUCAUCUGAGAACGAUUGUGAGGUCGUGUAUGAACAACGUGAGAGUGUUCAUGUCUGAAUGGUUUGAGAAACGUGUGAGUGUUGGUGUGUGCGUGUGGAGGGCGGGAACAUGUAUACAUCCAGAACUUUCAGGAUGUUCUGCAGAUUUGAAAACCUCCCACAGACUGAGGAGAACAUGUUCUUUCCUGUAGCUGGACUUUCUUAAAGGUACAGGUGACUUUAAGCCCCGCCCACAGCUCUCUGUCAUUGGAGGAGAGAGCAGGUGUAUGAUGUAAAACAUAUUUUAUAAAUAUGUUUGUUUAAAUAAAUAAAAAGACUUCCCACA